GAAUUACCCCAAAUGAGGGUUCUUUUGAGUCUAACAGCUCUGGCUCCCCAACAAAAAGAAAUGUUGCGUGAUAGGAAGGGAAGGAACGGUGUCCGAGGGGAAGGGGGGCUUAUUGUAGAGCAAGGCCACGUCCUUUUCUCUCCACCCGCGCCACUGCCCCUUCCUUCCUUCCUUCCUUCCUUCCUUCCUUCCUUCCUUCCUUCCUUCCUUCCUUCCUUCCGUCCUUCCUUCCUUCCGUCCUUCCUUCCUUCCUUCCUUCCUUCCUUCCUUCCUUCCUUCCUUCCUUCCUUCCUUCCUUCCUUCCUUCCUCGAGACGUGUCACCAAAGAAGUUUGACUUUCCCAACCAAAGGCCUUUCUUGAGAGGCGGGGUUCAAAGUUCCCCACCAAAAGCAACCCCUUUCUCCCACCCCGGUGUCUUUUGGGGAGGAGAAGUCCGCCUUGCCUCGACGGCUUUGCUCACGAGGACUGCCUUUGUGCUUCUUUGCAGGUGACCCGCAGGAGAGAGAGAAUGAGAGAGAGAGGCCUGGCGCCCAGACCGAGGAGGAGGCUGUUUGAGGGGAGAGGAGCAGCCAGGACUCGCCAGCCAUUUUCUACAACUUUUCCUGUCUCUUUCAAAUAACAAAGAUGGAAAAUUAUUCUGAAAAAGGAAACCAUUUCCACUUCUUCCAGAAAGCAGAAACCUAUUUUAGAUGCAAUAUAACUGGAAGUAGGAUGAAGAAUUUAAAAAAGUAUUAGAGUUGCAUUUGCUAAAAUGAUAAUUAUAGCCUGAAGAAAAGGCUAUAGCCUGAAAGACUAUGGAACUCCCCAUUCUACAAGAGACAGCACACGAAGUUUUCCAGGAAAUGCUGAGAGAUCCAAAUUUCAAGCACAUGUCAUGACAGAUGAAAGAUACAGGUUACUUUAUACAGAUACCUGUGACAGUUGAGGAGAAUGGACCUGAAGAAGCAAUGUUUGUGACUGGAGCUACUGAUGGAAUUGGAAAAGCCUAUACAGAAGAGUUAGCAAAACGUGGCUUGAAGGUGGUUCUUAUCAGCAGAUCUCAGGAAAAGCUGGAUCAGGUUGCCAGUGAUAUAAGGGAGAAAUUCAAGGUGGAAACAAAAACGAUUGUUGCUGACUUUCAAGAUCGAGAAACUAUUUACAGUAAGAUAAAAGCAGGCCUGGAAGGCCUUGAGAUUGGUAUCUUAGUAAACAACGUGGGUGUUUCGUAUUCUUAUCCUGAGAACUUCCUUGAUGUCCCAGAGCUAGAUAAACUGAUUGACAACAUGAUUAACAUUAAUUGCAUAUCUGUGUGCAAGAUGACACAAUUGGUGUUGCCUGGGAUGCUGAAAAGGUCUAAAGGAGUAAUAGUAAAUGUGUCAUCUAUUGCUGCAGUUAGUCCAACUCCAUUUUUAGCUGUUUAUUCAGCAACAAAGGCUUUUGUGAAUUACUUCAGCCACUGUCUCAAUGUAGAAUACAAAAGGAAAGGUAUCAUUGUGCAGAGUCUUGUGCCACAUUUGGUGGUUACAAAUAUGUCUAAACUUCGUAAAGCAAGCCGUUUUAGACCUAUGCCUGGAUGGUUUGUAAAAUAUGCCAUCAACACAGUUGGCCUUGAGUCUGAAACUGCUGGAUACCCAUAUCAUGAGUUAUGGGUCUGGCUUAUACACAUGCUGCCUAGAUGGGUAGUUGAUGAGAGCGCCACAAGACUAGCUGUUAAAUCAAAAUAUAAUUUGUUGAAGAAACAGAAGGCGAACUAAGUGAUAUCAUCUUGAGAAGUUCCUCAGAAGUUUUGUACCUGCAUUUAAGCACUAGAUACUUUUUCAUCUCUUAAAUUCUUGACAAGUUUUUUAAAGGAGUCAGACCUGCGAUUGGCAUGAAUGACGUAAAUUCUGAGGGCACCGGAAAAGCGAUGACCUACUUGUAUACUCUGUCAUUCUGCACCAUUGUCUUAUAAUGUAUGUUAGAUGAGAUUUGAACAAUAAUUGGUACUACUGGUUACUAAUUUUGCUGAAUUUAACAUCAGAAAGGUUUGAAAAAAAUAUGUGAGUGUGAGAAAUUUGGUGGAAGUCUAAAUAUAACCUUACUGGAAUUUGGAAUAAACCACUGCUGUUGGAGUUGGGCUAAUCUGUGCAGUAUUUCCUAAGUAAUAUAAAUAUAAUUUUUUAUAAUAUAUCUUUUUACUCAUUUUGUGCAUUACAGAAAUGACACACUGAAUUUGGACAAAUACUUUUCCUAUAUUUUGGGCAUAGGAUGUUUGUCUUGUCAGCUUUUGAAUAUCCAUCAUAUAAAUGACCUUUUAGUUAAUGAAGAGGAGGGAAGAAACCCAUAUAUACUGGUGUUAAGGUGAAGUAGUGAUGAUAUUGUGGACUGUGUCCUGUUAACUUUGCAAAUACAGCCGCCACUCCACAACUUCAGUUCUGUAAAUAUGAAACUGUGGCUUUCUAUGUAGUUUAGGUGAGGGAUUUCCUUGAUGUCUGAGUUGAUUUCAUGUAUUCAGUAUAGGUUAUUCCUUUUAAUAAAAGGUGGUCAUGGGUCACAGGGGUGGGCAUUUAUAUUUAUCUUUCAACAUUUAAAUAAAACAGACUAUAGAAAUUGACACAAACAUUGCAGUUACCCUGUAUGUGACUGGCUUGGAUUGAAAAAUGUGCAAAAAUUGUGUCCUUUUCUGUUCCUGAGGAUCUGAGAGACUUUUAAUCAAGUUGUAGGUUGCAGUGCAAGUAAUUGAAACAAGAAGGGGGAACAUCUUGUAUAAGCACAGCUACCCUUUUAUACAAGAACACUAUUACGAGCCAGUCUUAUUGAUACUUGAAUUACAGUAAAAUACAGUGUAUGAAGUAAACUUCCUCAACACAAAUACAUUAGUCCUAUGUUAAAUAUUCAAAUUCAUAUUAAAACAUAUCUUUCUGAUCUAAUUGAAAAUACUUUUGCCUGUCUUUUCAUGCUAAUUAUGAUUUAAUUUCUAAUUCCCAAUGUUUGCACUGCUCAGCUGAAGUAAAGUAUGAUACUUUUGUCUCAAAUGGACAGAAAAUGCUAUGAUCAUGUCCUUCAAUUUUUUGUUGAAAACAUGUUUAUCAGAAGUGUUUUGGUUGUAUUUUCCUGCAUGGCAGGGGGUUGGACUAGAUGACCCUUCUGGUCUUUUCCAGUUCUAUGAUUCUAUCCCUACAAGAGUAAAUGAGCUCAAGGUUGAAAGUAAAUCAUCUCAUGAGGACUAGGGAUAGCUAAAGAAUGGCUGAGUAGGAAAGAGGGAGGUUUGCUGCCGUCAUUCCAUUUGAAGUUUGGUGUCUUGGAUCAACCAUCAUUGCUAGAAAUAUAUAUAUAUAUAGAUUGUUUAUUCAUGUAUGUUGAGCACACUUAUUGAUACUAGAACCUCUAAUAUCAAUUCCUUGUGGAGGAAUAAUUUAAGACUGAUCUGAAAGUGAAUGUGUGUUUAAAUAUUGUACAUAAAAAUAAAUGAAAACCGAUGCAAUGGUGCUGAUAAGGAUUGAGAAACAAGUUUGGGAUUUUUUAAAUAGAGUGUUAUUUUGGACACAUUUUGGGUUUUAUCUACACAGAGCUAUUAAGAUUGUUGGAAGUGGGAAAAUGGUGUUUGAGAUUGCUGGCAUGCCUAUGUAAUUGAUUGCUUUUUUCUAAUCUAUUCUAUAAAACAUUAAACUUAGACUAAAAAUGAAAAAUAUCAAA